AUGCAGCGGCUCGUGCAGCGAGACAAGGGCGCCCCCGUGGUGCGCGAGGGCGACGAGGAAGAAGAAGAUGUCGACGAGGUGGAGAUCGACGACGACGUGCCGACGGGGCUGGAGCUGGCCGAGGCGGAGCAGCAGCUGGCCGCGCCUCUUCCGACCGACCGCGCGCUGGCGCUGGACUGCGGCCCGGGCAAGUUCCGCUCGUCCGCCCGCUACGUGAACCUGCACUCGUACGACCCGCAGAGCGAGCGCGUGGGCGGCUACGCGGAGACGAAGAUCGGCGGCCACGCGAUGGACCACAAGCACCCGUUUGACUCGGACUGGCAGCACCAGCUGCACGGUCCUUUAAAGACCGCCGUGUGGGGCGCUGUGGGGGCUCUAGGCGCGGCUUUUACAGGUUCUUCGGCGGCGUUGAGUACGCCGACGUCGCAGGCCAGGACAUCACCCGCCUACGCGGCCCCGAAGCCAGAGGUGCUGGUCUACUCGGCCGUUAAAAUUGGCGGCCAUCCACUGGACCACGUGCCGUUCCUGAGUCGUGGGCUGCCAUCCAGGCCCCUGCUGGGCUAUGUGCCGGAGGCAGCUAGACAGCAGCCACCGCCAACGUUCCAGGCCCCGGGGCUUUCAUCUGCGGCGGUGACGUACGAGAUCGCACCAAACGUGUCGAAUCUGUACGACUGCAGCCGCUGCUUCAGGCUACGGCAGUCCCCUCGGGUACAACUUUGCUGUGGACACCCUGUGUGCGCCAAGUGUGUGGCGUCACGCACGAUCAAGCAUGUGGAGCACAAGCGAACGUGCUUCUUGGAGUGUGCGCGCUGUAAUGACAUGGUGGCUGUUGAAGCUGUGGUGUUUACAAAUUAUAUUUUACGCAUGGAACCGUUCUCGGCUCGGACGGUCUCGGAGCUGGAGACGCAGGUGGAAACGCCGGCGGAGGAAAAGUCCCCGUCACUGAAGGGUGCAUGGAAACAGGGCGGUGUGCUUGCUGCAUUAUCCUUUAUCGCUGGUCGAUUCGUUCCUACCAAAAAGAGCCUUGACAAAUCACGACAAAAGAAACAGGAUGCCAUUGAUGAAGCCAAGAAGCUGGUGGCCGAAGUUAUACCUGACGAAGAAGACCAACUGCUCGUAGAAGGGGUUGCAGAAUUGUCAAAGCAGACUGCCAAAUCUGAAGUAUCGCUGGCUAAGGGGCCCGAGAGAUGGGCCAAGCGUGUGCAGGGCCUGCAACCUCCAUCCAAAUUGCUGAAGUUUAGUUUUGUCCGUACCUUGGGCAUUGGUAACUUCGCUGAGGUGAUGCUCGUGGAGAACCGCAAGGGAGAGCUGACAGUUCUAAAGGAAAGUGACAAGCUGCCAGAGGCUGCCAAUGAGAUCAGCAUUUUAUCCCGUGUACGCAGCCCGCACGUGGUGCAGAUCCAGCAAUAUUUCAUCGAGGAAAUCGGGCACCGGCACUUUGCGUACAUUGAAAUGGAGUUCUGCGAUGGUGGCGAUUUGCGGGGGGUGUUGGAGACAAAGGGCCGGCUGGAGGGCGACGAAUUCGACUCGAUGUUCCGCCAGUUGUGUCUUGGACUGAAGGAAAUUCACCGCCAUGGAAUUGUUCACCGAGACUUAAAGCCAGGCAAUGUAUUGUUGACGAGCGAAGGCACGACGAAAAUCGCAGAUUUUGGCGUGUCGACAUACUUGGAAAGCGACUUGCUCACGCACCACGCCGCCGGUACUCUGGCAUUCAUGGCUCCAGAAGUACGGCGGUAUUUCUUGGGCGAAGUGGUUAGCUACGAUGCUAAGGCGGACAUCUGGUCCCUCGGUGCUCUUGCUCUCGCGAUGCUAACCGGUAAUCCUGAGCCGCGAGUGGCCACACGUCCAGUGGAGGAGAUCGUGGACGAGAUCAAGGCGGAUAAGUUGGACGAGAAGUACACUCGGCUAGUGGAAGGCACUCUCGCGGAGCAUCCGGCAGAUCGGCUAUCGCUGGACGAACUGCUUGAAGCAUUUCCGCCAAUGAAUUCCCGGUUGUAG